GAAGUUUCAUGCAGGCUCCUGGGAAAGCUGGUGCUGCUGCUGCUGCCUGAUUCCUGCCGACAGAUCUUGGUACCGGGGCCCGCGCUGUCGGCUGGAGAUGGCGGACACUAGAUCUGUCCAUGAAACCAGGUUUGAGGCGGCCGUGAAGGUGAUCCAGAGUUUGCCGGAAAAUGGUUCAUUCCAGCCAACAAAUGAAAUGAUGCUCAAGUUCUAUAGCUUCUAUAAACAGGCAACUGAAGGACCCUAUAAGCUUUCAAGACCUGGAUUCUGGGAUCCUAUUGGAAGAUGUAAAUGGGAUGCUUGGAGUUCUUUGGGUGAUAUGACCAAGGAAGAAGCCAUGAUUGCAUAUGUUGAAGAAAUGAAAAAGAUUCUUGAAACUAUGCCAAUGACUGAAAAAGUUGAAGAAUUGCUACAUGUCAUAGGUCCAUUUUAUGAAAUUGUAGAAGACAAAAAGAGUGGAAGGAGUUCUGAUUUAACCUCAGAUCUUGGUAAUGUUCUAACUUCUACUCCAAAUGCUAAGACUGUUAAUGGUAAAGCUGAAAGCAGUGAUAGUGGAGCAGAGUCUGAGGAAGAAGAGGCCCAAGAAGUAAAAGGAGCAGAACAUGGUAAUGCUAAGCAGAUGAUGAAGAAAUCAGAUUAUAAGAAUUUGGAGAUUAUUAUCACGAAUGGCUAUGAUAAAGACAGCUUUGUUCAGGAGAUACAAAAUGACAUUCAUGCUAACUCUUCUCCAAGUGACCAAAGUGCUGAUGACGUAAAACCUGUUGAUAAAAACAUGGAACAAACUGAAAAAAUUGCUGCCUGCAUUCACCAAGAUAUAAAUGAUGAUCAUGUUGAAGAUGUUUCAGGAAUUCAGCAUUUGACAAGUGAUUCAGAUAGUGAAGUUUACUGUGAUUCUAUGGAGCAAUUUGGACAAGAAGAGUCUUUAGACAGUUUUACAUCAAACAAUGGACCAUUUCAAUAUUACUUGGGUAGUGAUUGCAAUCAGCCCUUGGAAAAUUCUGGUUUUCCUGAAGAUGUCCAAGUAUCUCCUGGAAGUGGCAACAUUGGAAAUAUGCAGGUGGUAACAGUUGAAGGAAAAGGUGAAGUAAAGCAUGGAGGAGAAGAUGGCAGAAAUAACAGUGGAGCACCACACCGUGAGAAGCGAGGCGGAGAAAAUGAGGAAUUCUCUAAUGUCAGAAGAGGGAGAGGACAUAGGAUGCCACAUUGGAGCGAAGGAACCAAAGGUGGGCAAGUGGGAAGUGGAGGUGACGGAGAACGCUGGGGCUGAGACAGAGGAUCACGAGGCAGCCUCAAUGAGCAGAUUGCUCUAGUGCUCAUGAGAUUGCAGGAGGACAUGCAGAAUGUCCUUCAGAGACUUCAAAAACUGGAAACACUAACUGCUUCACAGGCAAAAUCAUCAACAUUGCAGACUAGUACUCAACCUUCCUCACAAAGACCAUCUUGGUGGCCCUUUGAGAUGUCUCCUGGUGCAUUAACUUUUGCUAUUAUAUGGCCUUUUAUUGCCCAGUGGUUGGUGCAUUUGUAUUAUCAAAGAAGGAGAAGAAAACUGAACUGAAGAAAAUGAUAUUUUACUUAAGAAGACUGCUGGGCCUGGAUGACCUCAGAAUGAAAUGGAUUGUGGAGUUCACAAGAAAAUCUUAAUUUGUGAUGAUUACAUUUCUUUUUUGUUGUCCAGUAGUUUGGUUUGUGUACAUAUAUACACACAUGUUUUUUGCACUACACAAAUGAUAACAUUUUAAGGACUAAUAGUGCUGAUACUUGAAUAAUCAAUCUAAACUAGGUUAUAAGUAACAUAUAUUGUACCCUACUCUUGAACUUGAAGGACAUUAAAUUAUUGUUUGGUAACAUUUACCUGAUUAUCUUCCAUAGAGAAAUAUAAGCUGCUUCCCAAGGUACAGGUCUGAUAAUGAGAUCGAUUUAUAUAAGUGGGUAUUUUUCAUUUUCUAAGUUAAAUAUGAGAAAGAAUGUAAACCAAGAAUGAGUUUCAAAUGAGGGUAAAUGGAUUUUAUAUUAGUCACUGAAUUGCCAUGCCAAGUAGUAGAAACUGUUGGAAGAAUCUUCUCCACAUUCACUUUGUGGGCUGCACAUAAUCUUUCUUGAGUAGUCACAUCUCAGAGUUAAUGUCAGGCAUCAUUAUUAAAAAUUAUAUCCCUUUGUACUAGACUUAGUUUUUACAAAUGAGUUACAGAUAGACAUAACAUGAUGAUGGAAAUUAUGAAAAAUGGGCUUAAUGUAAUAGAUUUAAAAGUUUAUUCUGAGCCUACAGAUAUAACCUAUAAGAUUUUAAUUCAAUCUAUACAUAUAUUCCUUUCUAAUUAUUUUUCUUUGAGGAUAUCUAGUGUAUGCUUCAUAGGGUGCUUUGAAAUAUAAAAUGAAAACUUAUUUAUACUGUUUUUACAAAGGUAAAAAAGGAAACACAUUAAUAUCACUUUUCUGCAACUGGUAAACUAUACAGACUGGACUCUUUAACCUC